GCGGAAACACGGUGACACACAUCGGGGCUGUAGGGCGGCAGCCAUAUGCGGCCGGGUACAAGUGCGGCCCGACACACUGCAUCUAGGACCCGGCGUGCCGGUGCGAGCCCAGCGGUCGAAACUUCACCGAUCUCUGGGCGCAGGCUGGAGGCGGGGCCGCUGUGGCGUCACCCGUCGGUGCGCGUCCCCUUCGCCCGAGACGUGGGGCUGCGAAAGUGAAAGCAAAGCAGGAGGCAGCGGAAGAGGGGAAGAGGGAGAGAGGCAGGGUAGGAGAGAGGGGGGACGCCUUUGAGCUCUUUCUCGGGGAGCACCUGGGACUGGGCGUGUGCCCGUGCGUGUGCCCGUGCGUGUGCAUGUUGGCCACUAUCACCGGAACCGCGCUCCCUGCUCCCUCACAUGCACACGCCUCUUACCCGCAGCCCCGCGGAGCGACUUGGCGGCUGAUUGCCGCGACACGCCGGAUCCGUCCGGAAAAGCAGUGGAUCGCAUUGACCCAAACGGCGGCUGCCCCAGGACGCGCAACACAGGGCCCAAUUUUGCCACAGAAGAGAGCGGACGUCCAGGUGCUCUGUGAGCCAGGGCCUGAGAGAAGCCACCCACUGUGAAGUUGAUGCCUGGCAGCACGACCUGCCUUGUGUCCCUGUGGUAGUUACACACAGCACCCUGCAAUAACCAUGAAUGCAGACCCCGGGUUUCAGGCCAGCCCGGACCCAGAGCCCCAGGCAGAGCUGGCCAACCAGGUGGCGACCGUCAGCCUGACUCCCCCCGAGACGAGCACCGGGGCCGGCCUCAAGAAUGGGGCGGGGGGCACCGAACCCAAGAAGCCAGGUGAACGGCCCCACCUGUCCAGCAGAAAGCUGUCCCUGCAAGAGCGGGGGACAUACGCAGGGGCAGGGGGUACAGCUGGCACCCAUAUAUCCCCCAGGGCGCCGCGCAGGCCCACCAUUGAGUCGAAGCACGUGUCCAUCUCUGACACCCAGGACUGCAUCCAGCUGAACCAGUACAAGCUUGAGAGUGAAAUUGGGAAGGGCUCGUAUGGAGUGGUGAAGCUGGUCUACAACGAGGACGAUGAUAAGUAUUACGCAAUGAAAUUAGUUUCCAAGAAGAAGAUGGUAAAGCAGUGCGGAUUUCCCCGCCGCCCCCCGCCUCGUGGUGCCAAGGCUGCCCAGGGAGAGCAGGCCAAGGUCAUGGGACCGCUGGAGAGGGUCUACCAGGAGAUCGCCAUCCUGAAGAAGCUGAACCAUGUCAACAUUGUCAAGCUGGUGGAGGUUCUCGAUGAUCCAUCUGAAGACAACCUCCACAUGGUGUUCGAGCUCAUGCAGAAGGGCCCAGUGAUGGAGGUGCCCACAGAUAACCCCUUCACAGAGGACCAGUCCCGCGUGUACUUCAGGGACAUUGUCCUGGGCAUCGAGUACCUGCACUACCAGAAGAUUGUCCACCGAGACAUCAAGCCGUCCAACCUGCUGCUGGGGGAUGACGGGCAUGUCAAGAUCACUGACUUCGGUGUCAGCAACCAGUUUGAGGGCAAUGACGCACUGCUGUCUAGCACGGCCGGGACGCCCGCCUUCAUGGCCCCAGAGGCACUGUCAGACAGCCGGCAGAGCUUCAGUGGGAAGGCUCUUGACGUCUGGGCCAUGGGUGUGACACUGUACUGUUUCGUUUAUGGAAAGUGUCCUUUUAUAGAUGAGUACAUCCUGGCCCUGCACAGCAAGAUCAAAAACAAGCCUGUGGAGUUUCUGGAGACACCAGUUAUCAGCGAGCUGCUGAAAAGUCUUAUCCUGUGGAUGCUGGACAAAAACCCAGAUACGAGGAUCACCAUUCCGGAGAUCAAGGUACACCCUUGGCUUACCCAAGAUGGUACGGACCCCCUGCCCUUGGAGGAAGACCACUGCUCCGCAGUGGAGGUCACCGAGGAGGAAGUGAAAAACUCCGUCAAGUUCAUCCCCAGUUUGUCUGCAGUGAUCCUGGUGAAGGCCAUGCUCCGUAAGCGGUCCUUCAGCAACCCAUUUGAGUGCCCAAGCCGGCGGGAGGAGCGCUCCAUGUCUGCCCCAGGGAACCUACUCAUGAAAGGCAGCAGUGGGGAGGGGAAUAGAGAAGAACUGGAAGAUCUGCGUGAAGAUGAGCCAUCCUCCUGAACCGCUUGCACCCGGAUGCUCGCAGACACUCCCCAUUCCAUCACCCCCCCCCCUUGUGCUUCACUCCCUGCCUCCGCCUCUGCCCCACCCUAGCCUGCCCUGCCCCCAGGUCACAUCAGAAUAAUGCCGCUCACACCGACGUAAGGCCUCUCAGAGAUCCAUGGGGCUCCUGUCGGCGUUCCCAUGCCAAGUACGCCGUCGGUGGCCUCGCUCUCCUCGCCGCUUUCCCAUGGCGUGAUGAAUGCUUGUCGCCUUUGCUUGUUUGUUUCUCACCCCCAUUGACAGACCGUCUGUUCAGCUGACUUGGGGGGGCAUUCGGGCCAGCGGGGGGGCGGACCAUGGUGUCAGAAUCCAUCUGAAGCCGACCUAGGGGUGAGCAGCUUCUCAGCUGACAGAAACUCCAUAGCGAUGCGUGAAUGCAUUGCCUGCAGCCAUUAACGUGGAGCACCCCCCCCCCCCACAUGUUACCCAUCACGGCCUUAUGGUGCCCCCUGCAGGCAGCUUUACCUCCACAGUCACCCUCACCCCGAGCAGAGCUGGUAGUCCGGAGUGUGACAGGCCAUGUCUGUUGGGAUUUUCUGCUCUUCUGUGAGAAUGGUAUGGAGACGAUUUCAUGAUGCCACCAAAACCAUCAACCUUCGAACAUCUGCAGAACAUCGGCGAGGGCAGAACACGUUCUGUGACAAUAUCUUUGUAUGUGCUGUUCAUUCAGCACAUAUAUAUGUAUGAUAUCCACUGUGCAUAUUAGUCUGAGUGUGUAGUCAGACAGUUAUGUUGGCUUCAGGAGGAAUUCAGUCCUGGAGAUGUGAUGGUGUUUUCGUCACACAAAGUAAUUGCCAGUUAUCACAUACAGUGCCAAAGGCUAAACAAGCAGAGACAUCCUGAAAAUAUUACAUGUACAUAAUGUUUUGCAGGAAAGCAGCUUUGGUGUGUGAAUUUAAAUCUGCCCUGGACUUAAAAGCCUUUUCUGUGUCCUACAGCAUUUUCACUUCACACCUAGUUAAUCCUCGGGGUUUAAUAAAGUUUAUCGAUAUUAAUGUUUAUAAAAUGCGUUCUUUUGGGAAAAAAAUUACUAAAAAGAAAAAUAUUAUUCCAAUUGUUUUAAAUAGCUGUCAUUCCAGUGUAGUCACGAGUCGUCUUAAGUGUUUGUACAUGUGUUUGGAGAGCUUUUUGUCCCUAAAUGUAAGCAGUAGGUGUAUUGUCCAUAGGAAAUGUGCGGCGUGGCAAAAUGGCCCUGGGCUUCGUGCAGGCGUGCAGCUCACACCGCUAUGUGCUGCUCUGACGGUUUAUUUAUGGAGCGCUGUGUGCGACCCCACGCACGGGUUUCACUGUCAAUGUUUUAUGAAGCAGGCCAUGCCAAAGGAGGAGGUGCCUCUGCAUGUUUAAGACAUGCUGUCGCCCCAGCCACAUGAAACCACCCCCCCCCAAAGAAGUGCAAGAAGGAACAAACUCCUUUUACCCAGAAAGCAAGCAGUGGGGUCCAGCCCUCUCUCGGCAUCUUUGGGCAUGUCAGCCCAGAUUGUCGCCAUCGCCGCUUUCAUUACGUUACAUCAGGCUGAGUCGACCCUCCGUUUCAGUGCAGAUAAAUCGUGCAAAUGGAUGGGGUGGGGCUUGAGGAUUCCUAUGCAUGCACACACACAUGCAUGCACACACACACACACACCAGCACUACAUUUUUUGUUUAUGUUCUUUAACUGGCCGUUAUUGCUAAUGAGAUACUACUGUCAGCUUUUUCCUUGUUUUAAUGACCCUCCUAGAGACCCAGAUCAAAAUAAGUAGAUUUUGAACAGUUCUUUCAGUUUUAAGGUGUUGCAGAAAUAUUAUUGGAUUCCAGAUAAUGAGCAGCUUCCUCCAGACUGCCACAUGCUUGACUGGACGUGUCACCAUUUCCUGUGUAUCUGAGGUCUGCACCGUGCCUCCUGUGUGUGCUCUCCUCUCUAGCCGUGUAUCCUUUGCACAUUUAUAUGACGAACUUGUGAUGUUUCAACCAUGUAUAAAUUAUUUCCGGUGGUCUUUGCACCAGGCAUGGCCUGUAUCUGUAUAUAAUAUAAUAUACCAUAUAAAUAAAUGAAUGACUAAAUAGCACAAUGAGGCUGUGCCCCCCCCCCCCCCCCCCCCCCCCCAUAGCACCGAAAGCAUUAUUAUUAAAUAUAAAAGGGCAGUCUGUGGUGACCACAGAAGAAAAACAUUAAUUUGUGUUCCUUCUCCUACUGUACGGACAAAUAAACAAUGCUUAAAAAGAGACUGUCAUUAAUGGAGAAACCGAAGAGCACUACGAAAGCCUGUCGAUGUGCAGAGACCAGGACUGCGGCCCAGUGCUGCUGCUUCAGAGGACAGUGCUCGCUCUGCCCCAGGUCUUGCAGCGUGUUUGUAGAGGACGGUCACACUAUGUCGCUUUAUUUUUGGUCAUGGGCACAGUCCCACAAUGCAUGACACAUCCAUACCGAAAUGUAAAUAUGUACCGAUAUAAAGAGCCUAUUUUUGCAUGCUUUUGUACAAUAGACAUAAAUAAAGACCUGCACCCAUUA